ACGAUACGAUUGUGUGAGAGAAGAAGACAAAGACGCAAGUUAGAUCGGCUGCUGUAUGGAAAUUGUACGCUGUGAAUUUUCCGGCUUUGUGACUAAUUUUCCGGUGGUUGUGGCUUUGUGAUUUGAACUGACUCGUCGUUGUGAGGGUUUAAGAGAUGGAUUUGGUCUCUAGUUGCAAGGAGAAACUUGCGUAUUUUCGGAUAAAAGAGCUUAAGGAUGUGCUUAAUCAGCUGGGACUUUCUAAACAGGGAAAGAAGCAGGACCUUGUCGAGCGGAUCUUGACCAUUCUUUCUGAUGAGCAUGCGGCUAGGUUGUGGUCUAAAAAGGAUGCCGUGGCAAGGGAAAAGGUUGCAAAACUAGUGGAGGAUGCAUAUAGGAAAAUGCAAGCAUGUGGGGCAAGUGACGUAGCAUCAAAAGGACAAGUUAGUUCAGAUAUCAGUACUGUUAAAGUUAAGGGAGAAAUUGAAGAUCACUUUCAACCAGAUACUAAAGUUCGGUGUCUUUGUGGAAGCUCACUAGAGACAGAGUCAAUGAUACAGUGCGAGGAUCCGAGAUGCCAUGUCUGGGAGCAUGUUGGUUGUGUCAUUAUCCCGGAGAAGCCUAUGGAAGUUCAUCCACCUCUUCCUGAAUCAUUUUACUGUGAAAUCUGCCGACUUACCCGUGUUGACCCAUUUUGGGUCACAAUGGCGCAUCCAUUGUAUCCGGUGAAGAUGACUGCAACGACGAUCCCAACUGAUGGUUCAAACCCAAUGCAGAGUGUGGACAGAACAUUUCAAAUAACAAGGACAGACAAAGACUUAUUGGUGAAACAUGAGUACGAUAUUCAGGCUUGGUGUAUGCUCUUGAAUGACAAAGUUCUAUUUAGGAUGCAGUGGCCUCAAUAUGCAGAUCUUCAAGUCAAUGGUGUGCCUGUUCGUGCUAUUAACCGACCCGGGUCACAGCUUCUGGGGGCCAAUGGCCGCGAUGAUGGACCUAUUAUUACACCUUGUGUUAGAGAUGGAAUUAACAAGAUAUCCUUGAGUGGAUGUGACUCCCGCAGUUUUUGUUUGGGUGUAAGACUUGUGAAGCGACGGACUCUCCAACAGGUCUUAAACAUGAUUCCGGAUGAAGAUAAAGGUGAACCUUUUGAAGAUGCUCUUGCGCGUGUACUCCGAUGCAUUGGAGGUGCAACUGGAAAUGAUGAUGCCGACAGUGACAGUGAUAUUGAGGUUGUCGCAGAUUUCUUUGGUGUCAAUCUCCGGUGUCCUAUGAGCGGCUCUAGGAUGAAAGUUGCUGGGAGAUUUAAACUCUGUGUGCACAUGGGAUGUUUUGACCUUGAGGUGUUUGUGGAGCUGAAUCAACGUUCCAGAAAGUGGCAAUGUCCUAUUUGUCUGAAGAACUACUCUCUGGAGCAUAUAAUCAUAGAUCCUUAUUUUAACCGGAUCACAUCAAAGAUGAGACAUUGUGAUGAAGAGUUGACUGAGAUUGAAAUGAAGCCUGAUGGUUCUUGGCGUGUGAAGUUCAAAAGUGAAAGUGAGCGCAGGGAAUUGGGGGAACUCUCACAAUGGCACUUACCUGAUGGUAGUUUCUUCUCCACAGUUGAUGAGAUUGAACCCAAGAUGGAAAUGCUAACACCGGUUAAACAAGAAGGUUGCUCAGAUGGUCCAACCCCUUUAAAACUUGGAAUAAGGAAGAAUCGCAAUGGUAUUUGGGAAGUUAGCAAACCUAAUAUUAAUGGUUUGUCUUCCAGUAAUAGGCAAGAGAAGCUUGAGUAUCAGGAGCAUAAUAUUAUACCAAUGAGCAGUAGUGCCACUGGAAGUGGUAGGGAUGGUGAUGACCCUAGCGUAAACCAGGACGCUGUUGGAACCUUUGAUUUUGGAAACAAUGGGAUGGAGCUUGAUUCUCUAUCCAUGAAUGUAGAUCCAAGCUACAACUUUAUUGAUAGGAAUCAUCAACCAGCAGCAACGAGUAAUAAUGAUGUCAUCGUUUUAAGUGAUUCUGAUGAAGAAAAUAAUGUUGUAAUCACUGGGGGUUCUGCCUACAAUGAGAAUCAAACUGAUGGCGGGGUAAAUUUCCCACCUGUUAUUAACUCGUAUAGUGAAGACCCUCACACCGUGGCAGGGAACAAUUCGGGCUUGGGUCUUUUCGCCAACAUUGACGAUGAUUAUGAUAUGCGCCUUUGGCAGUUUUCUUUGGAACCCCAAGGCGGACCCGGGUUCCAACUAUUUGCAUCUGAUGCUGAUGUAUCAGAUGGUUUAGUUGGCUUGGAGCCUGGUCCACUGGACUGUACCCCUGCAAUAAGUAGUGGUUACACAAUAGCUCCAGAGACAUCAUCAAUGCCAUCUGUUCCUAUGUUUCCAGAAUUGGUUGGACGAUUCGAAGCAGAUGCAAACGAUGGAUUAGUCAACAAUCCUUUUGCAUUUAGUAGAGAGGAUCCCUCACUUCAAAUAUUUCUUCCAACAAGACCAGAUACCUCAGCUCAGUCUGAUUUAAGAAGUCAGGCCGAGGUGUCAAACGGAACCCCUAGUGACGAUUGGAUCUCUCUUAGGCUUGGUGAUCACGGGGAGACAAUUGGUGUAAACAGAGUUAAUGAAAACAACCCAGUGUCGACCAGGGAGGGUACUUUAGAUACUUUGUCAGAGACUGUAGUAAACAAGAGAAGGCAAGUAGACAAAGAUCAGAUAGUCCGUUUUCGUUUCCUCGGCAGAAGCGAUCAAACAAUCAAAUGGAUCAUCAUCAGAGCCAGAGAUUGGGAAGUUUUGCUUGAUUCUCUGUGCUUGGGCACCUUCAGGCUCUCAUGGAAGGAUCUUAUGUGCAAAGAAGUAGACAGAUCGAUUCUCGGGUACGCCGUCAAGACGCGGAGGAGGUCUUUCUCUUCUCGUUCUUCUUCUCUCCUCUUCGACGACACUCAGUUACAGUUUAAAGAAAGUGUAUCCAAGUUCGCGCAAGAUAUUAUCGCUCCUCAUGCUGAAAGAAUUGAUAAAACUAAUUCAUUUCCAAAGGAUGUUAACUUAUGGAAGCAAAUGGGUGAGUUUAAUCUCCAUGGAAUCACUGCACCAGAGGAAUAUGGAGGUCUAGGUCUUGGUUACUUGUAUCAUUGUAUAGCAAUGGAGGAAAUCAGUCGUGCCUCGGGGUCAGUUGCUCUGUCUUAUGGUGCUCAUUCCAACCUUUGCAUCAAUCAAUUGGUGAGGAAUGGAACUGCAGCCCAAAAGCAAAAGUAUUUACCAAAGCUUAUCAGUGGAGAGCAUGUUGGUGCUCUUGCAAUGAGUGAACCCAAUGCCGGUUCAGAUGUUGUUGGCAUGAAAUGCAAGGCUGAGAAGGUAGAUGGUGGUUAUAUACUAAAUGGCAACAAGAUGUGGUGUACUAAUGGCCCGUCUGCUGAAACACUGGUUGUUUACGCGAAAACUGAUACAAAAGCAGGUUCUAAAGGAAUCACGGCUUUCAUUAUAGAGAAGGGAAUGGCCGGAUUCAGUACUGCUCAGAAAUUGGACAAACUGGGAAUGCGGGGAAGCGAUACGUGUGAGCUUGUUUUUGAGAAUUGCUUUGUUCCAGAAGAAAACAUUCUUGACAAGGAAGGAAAAGGAGUGUAUGUUCUGAUGUCAGGUCUGGAUUUGGAGAGACUUGUUUUAUCAGCUGGGCCCUUAGGGAUUAUGCAGGCAUGCCUAGACACCGUACUUCCCUAUAUUCGCCAGAGAGAACAGUUUGGUCGUCCAGUUGGAGAAUUUCAGUUUAUACAGGGUAAAGUUGCUGAUAUGUACACUGCAUUACAAUCUUCAAGGUCAUACGUCUACUCUGUUGCGAGGGACUGUGACAAUGGGAAAGUUGACCCAAAGGACUGCGCCGGAACUAUUCUUUGUGCGGCCGAGAGAGCAACGCAGGUCGCUUUACAGGCAAUACAAUGUUUAGGCGGAAAUGGGUACAUAAACGAAUAUGCAACAGGACGCCUUCUAAGAGAUGCGAAACUAUAUGAAAUCGGAGCAGGGACAAGCGAGAUCAGAAGGAUUGUCAUUGGUCGCGAGCUUUUCAAAGAACAAUAGAGAUAAGUCUAUUUUCUGCUUUGCCAAUGCGACAUUUUCAUUUUGUACAAGUAUAUAUAAUUCACAAUGUCCUCAAUAAUCUCACAAUAAGAAAAAUAGCUUCAAACAAAAUUUUGUUACUUUC